GCCGCGCCCUCCUCUGCCAGUGCAGCCCGCCGCUGCCGCCGCUGCCGCCUCCUGACUCACCGCUGUUCGCUGGGCCGCCCGGGAAUAAGUCGGUCAGGAAGGCUCCGCGCCCGCCAUGGCAUUUAAAGAUACCGGCAAAGCACCUGUGGAACAAGAAGUAGCAAUUCAUCGAAUUAGAAUUACUUUGACAAGUCGCAAUGUAAAAUCACUUGAGAAAGUCUGUGCCGACUUGAUCAGAGGUGCUAAGGAAAAAAACCUAAAGGUGAAAGGACCUGUUCGUAUGCCCACCAAGACUCUGCGAAUCACUACCAGGAAGACACCUUGUGGUGAAGGUUCUAAGACUUGGGAUCGUUUCCAAAUGCGUAUCCACAAGCGACUCAUUGACUUACACAGCCCUUCUGAGAUUGUCAAGCAGAUCACUUCCAUCAGCAUUGAACCAGGUGUAGAAGUUGAAGUUACUAUUGCCGAUGCCUGAAUGAUGGUCAUCUACUUUUAAUAAAGUUGAUUUACAAAUUUU